CACACGUGAACACGUCAUGCAGACGCACGUGCACUGUGCAUAGUUUUUGCAGUACUCCUUCUCGUGUCCAGAAAGAGGUUAUUUUUUCUUAUUUUAAAUACUCAAAAAGGGAUCUUUGCAAACAAUGUGCUUAUUGAUAUUUUCCAUCGGAUUUCAACUUUCCUCCCGUGCUCGUUUUUUUUUAUGACAGUCCGUUUUAGGUUAAUUUUUUUCAAAAUUUGAGUUGUGCGGUGCUUAACUGGUUUUUUUUAAGAGAAUAUUUGUAUGGAUUAUAUAAACCAAAGACAUGUUUCGGGAAGAUACAAAACCUGCAAACGAAUCGCAUGCGAGGAAUAUAUUCCUUUCGUCUUUGAUCUCUGGAGCAUUCGCAGGAACGAUAUGUGAUCUAGUAUUUUUUCCGAUCGAUACUUUAAAAACCAGAUUACAAAGUCAGCAUGGAUUUAUGAAAUCCGGGGGUUUCAAACGCCUUUAUCAGGGAAUUUUACCUGUAAUGAUAGGAUCUGCGCCUGCAGCUUCACUGUUUUUCGUAACUUAUGAGGGUAUAAAGGAAUUUCUUCAGCCAAAUGUACCUUUCCAUUAUCAUUGGAUGGUACACAUGGGGGCUGCCGCCACUGGUGAAAUGGUUGCAUGUUUAAUUCGAGUACCUGUGGAAGUAAUUAAACAAAGAAAGCAAGCAUUGUUGGGAGACACGAUAAGUUCCUUAGGUUUGAAAACGUUGUACCGAGGAUAUGGUAGCACAGUUCUUCGAGAUAUGCCGUUUGGUUUUACACAAAUGCCUCUAUGGGAAUAUUUUAAAUUUCGAUAUAGACAACACGUCCAUAGAGAAUGUACUCCCUUGGAAGGAGCUGCAUGCGGGGCAGCCUCAGUUGCAAUUUCUGCUUCCAUCACGACACCAUUGGACGUUACAAAAACAAGAAUAAUGUUAGCUAGCACGUCUGCUGGUAAAGAUGAAGUUAAAAUUGUCUCCAUGUUCCGUCAAAUCUACCGGGAAAAUGGAGUUCGGGGUCUGUUUGCGGGAUUCUAUCCGAGAGUUUGUGGCUUCACAGUAGGAGGGCUAUUAUUUUUCGGAAUAUAUGAACAAGCUAAGAAAACUUGCCAAACAAUAUUCCCAUACACGUCUUCGACUCGAUGCUGAGAAUUAUCUAGUAAUAACUAAUGAUAGAAUCAAGAGCUAAGAGUGACUUAGGGUCUGCUGGAAUUAUUUAAUUAUGUUUUGUACUAAUUAACCUGAUUCAAGACAAAACUCUCGACUCAGUUCUUUGCAGGUGACUUUGGAAGGCUGCUGCAGUUUUGAGGGAAUUCUGACUGUGAUAUAAAGCUUUUCACGAAUCAAGAAAAGACAAACUUACAUUUUCAUUAAAUAUUUAUUGAACAAAAUAUUCCAAUGUCAGAUACUUUCUCUUAUAUAUCUAAUAACGGUCGAUCAAUAAACGGUGUAAAAUAGAAAUGGUACGUGUAAUAUUUGUCAGUAACUUAUUUUAAACUUCAUUUAUACGGCGGAACCCUAGGGGGCACAGGGGGCAAUGUCCCCCUCAGAUAUCGCCCAGGGAGAAGCAAAGUAUUAAUUUUUCCUCCUUCUGAAAUCUGAUGAUGAAAUUCAUCAGAUCGAUUGCAUUUUUCCAAAAAUCUACAUUAAAUCUUUGUGGAAUAAUUGAUGUCGUUGUAAAAUAUUCUUUAUCUAUCUGAAAUAUUUAACACAUAUUUUAAAUCUUUGA